GCCAGAAGGAAAGCAGAGCAAGAGAAUGGAGCCUGAAGAGCAAGGAAAGCAGCCGGAAGAGCGAGGAAGGCAGCCGUUGAUAUUUGUUCACGGUCCAACGAUGCGCAAGGCGCCAGGCAAUGCAACACUUGUUUGGUCUCAGCUCAUGCGCCAGCGACGGUACAAGAGACAAGACCGACUCAGCGCGCAACUGACAAGAAAAAUCAACAGUAAUGUGCAGCAGGAGAGUUGCAGCCAGUUUGCCAGUUUGUCGAUGCGGCAAGAACGUGGCGAUCGUUCCUUCCAAACCUCUAGCUGCAGCACCAGUGGGUCAGCCAACGCGCCAGUCCCUUCCACAGCUGCAACCAAAGCCCUGUCUCUCUGAAGCAGAUCUCAUCAUGGUGAUGUGUCCGCAGUGUCUCGGAAUCCGCAUGGAUGCAGUGCGCGCUAUGCCUCUCAGUCGCACGUACGAAAUCGCGACCAGCCAGCUCGACCCGUUCUUCACGGAUCGUAGUCAAGCAGGUAGUUCUUUUGAUCUGCUUCUGCACCACUGCGUGCAUGUGUUGUGGCCGAUGGCUCGCCCAACUGAAUUCUCUGAGCGCAGCCUGAAGGCGUAUCUGGACCCGGCUAGAAACCCAAUGGUUAUGCAGUCGAUGCUGUACUCGGCUUCGCUGCAUUUUGAUGCUUUGCGAAGGAUACAUGGCGUGACUGGGCGUCUCUUGUCUGGCACGCAUCCACUUCGGCUCAAGGGCUCCAUGAUGAAUCAGGUCCGCAAGAAGCUGUCGACUCUUAAUAGCGCGAAUAUGCACGAGGAUUGGGUUGAUGAUAUUCUAAUGAGUAUUCUCUAUCUUCCUGCAAAUGAGAACAUUGACCAGAUAGGCCGGCCGGAGAAGAGCCCGCUUGCAGCACCAUUCCGGAGCCUCUAA